AGAAUCCGUGGACCGUUUAUUCAAUUUACUGACAGGUGAUUGCGGCUCGUGCACGCCCCCAAAACCCCCGAGACAUGUCCCUCUUUAAUCUAAUUGGAUGAUAAGUGGGUGCGUACUGUUGAGCCCGGAGGCAAAACGCUUGCGCGGCCUUUUUCUUUGGAGUCUAUACUCGUCACAGCCCCUCGCGGUUUCAUCUCAAAUCCCAUUUGCUAUUGUACCUGCCCAAUAGCAGAGACCGAGCGUGUUUUAACUCGGAUGACAUUCUUUAUUUCAUCAUUACAAUCCAGCGCAAGUUUGACGCAGUGAUCUCUGCGCUCUCACUCUUAUCAUCCUCAGGAUCUCGACUUCCUGUUUUCUCUCUCUCUCUCUCUCUCUCUCUCGUAUGAUUUUAACAUAGACUGUAAAACAAGACAAUCAUUUUCAGGUGUUUUUAUCCCUUGAUAAGUUUUAAUGGUUAACCACAUCGGACAGUAAACGGUGAUGGCAGACUCUGAGGCGCAGGAGACUCGCCAACCCGCAAAAGAAUCGCCGUUCUCAAUAAAGAACCUGCUGAACAUUGAAGACAAACCCACAAAGCCGAAAAGCCUCCUCGGCUCGACCAAAGGAGUGUUUGAGGGCAGCUUCUUCUCUCGGCUCGGUGACUUGUCUUUUCCUCGAUUUGAGUUGCCCACACAGAGAAUUGGACUAUCAGCGCAGUAUCUGGAGAGAGCGUCCACCUGGUGGUACCCAUACACGCUCGGGACUCAUCUGAGGAUUGGAGGGUCUGAGAAGGCCAACCUGAGUGAAGCAUCGUCGGCGCCGGACAGGCGCUCCCCGGAUCUCCAAAAAAGUGACCAAGAUGCCAAAGAGGAAAGCGCCGACGACGAUAUCGCGCUGGAUGAAAGUGACUCGGAAGAGCCAAAGAAAGAAAUAGACCAGGAGGACGACUGGAGAAGAAAAACGGACGAGUUGGACUCCGAGAGGAAGCCCUGUCGGAAGAAGAAGACGCGCACGGUGUUUUCCAGGAGUCAGGUCUUCCAGCUGGAGUCAACCUUCGACAUAAAGCGCUACCUGAGCAGCUCGGAGAGGGCAGGCCUGGCCGCGUCUCUGCACCUGACAGAGACGCAGGUGAAAAUCUGGUUUCAGAACCGAAGGAAUAAGUGGAAAAGGCAGCUGGCCGCGGAGCUGGAGGCGGCCAACCUGAGCCAUGCUGCGGCGCAGAGGAUUGUGCGGGUUCCCAUACUUUACCACGAGAACGGAGCCACAGAAACGGCCGGGGGCCCCGCAGCAAACUCACCGGGCAGCCAGUCAGUCCUGGCUUUUCCCCACCACAUGUACUAUUCCCACCCGGUCCCACUGCUGAGGCCUGUUUAACACUGACUGUGAUUAUGCGCUGUACAUAUGUUUUUAAAUGAGAGUGACCUUCAUUGAAAAAAAAUAACAUUUUGUACAUUUUGUAGAUUCAACGGACAGAAUGAUAGGUCAUGUUAUUAUUAUUAUUAUUAUUAUUGUUAUAAGGCUAUUACUAUUAUAUGUAAUCAUCCUUUAUCCUGCUGAAGCGCAUAUUCCCUAUAUGGAUCCAACUGGUGUUACAGGAGGGACAUUCUAAAAUUAUUAUUAUUAUUAUUAUUAUUAGUAGCCUAUUAUUGGUGAAAUUGCUACAUGCUCAGAAGUGGGUGAAUAUAUUUUAAUGUAUUCAAUUUGAAAAAAAAGAACUUGUUUUAAACAGGGUUGACUGUCCAUAUGUAGGCUAUUUUACAGAGAUUUGUGUCAAUGUUUGUAGCAAAAAAAUGUGGAAUUUAAUAUUUUGAUAUUUUCCAAUAUUGUGCAAUAGGCCUACUGUUUGCUUCACAUUAGGCUACCAGCCUUUGUCACCUAUAGUUCACUUUUACAAAAAACAAAUGACCUUUUUUCUCUUUGUAAUAGUGAAGACAAUCAUGUGAUCCUUAAAAAAAAAUCCCCGAAAAACUGCAGGUGAUAGGUAAUUGUUUUUUAUGACGCAAUGUUUUGCUGGUAAUUUUAAAGCCAUGAAAGAGACAAAAAUAGCCUCUGUUUUUGUGUAUGGUUUUUCUCUGAUAUUGUUCAUGUAUAUUAUAUGGUCUUACACUCAGUAAAGAUUUCGUUCCAAUAAGAAAUGUAUCUAUCCUUAAUAUAAUUGUGAUGUACAUGAAAAAAGAAUCAUUCAUUUAAGUCAUGUCGUGAAGAUCUUGGUUUUCAAACAUGUGUGUGUAUGGAGUGAUUUAAAAAUUACGUAGGCUAUUAAAACGAGGCAUUAAGGCACAUUGAAGGUCUACAGUGAUUAUGGUGCUCUCCAAAAUAAAAACCUAAAAUUGGA